UAUGCUUAAAACCAGUUGAUAUAUUUAUAUUGACAUGCGUAGUGAGAUAUCAGCACAUGCUUAAACAAUGUUGUAUUAAGCCUUAAUGUAAACAUGGCUGAAAUGAGCCCUGGAAUAAGAAAAUAAGAAAGAAUAUUUAGGUUCCAGUCCAAUAUCAGGAUGGCACAUAAACGCCAUUUAGAGAAGGAAGAGUACAGACAAUGGGUGAAAGCCGGUCUCGGCUUAGGAUACUUAAAAGAAGGACUUGCGCCUUUUUGUGACAACGUCGCCAAACAACAGCAUAAAGACAUCUUAGAUGACAUAAAACAGACAAAGAAUCUAUCGACUGUGACAUGCGGUCAGUGUGCUCUGAAAACCCUCAAACCAGACCAUGUGAAAAUAGGAAAAAAACAAUGUCCCUUGGAUCACGAUAAAUGUAACUGCUGCUAUACGAGUGGUAAAAAUGCUUGUCCAAACAACGUAUGUGGCGCCAUCUAUGACAACAUUAUAGCUAACCAUGCGUCCACACCACCAGCUCCUUAUUGGAAAAACACCCAAACUCAGCAGUGGACUGGAGAUCCGUGGAGUAUAGCUAAAUGUUUUAUCAACGCCCCAGGAUAUGACCAGAAGACAUCAGCAGCCGACAUUGACUGCACGGGAUUACUGCAUGUGAUUAUAAACAACAAGUAUUUUCGUAAUCACAUUCAGUGUAAUUUAGCCGGAGCUAAUAUAUUUUCAAAGGUGAGGCAGUACAGAAAUGAGAUAUUCCACUCGAGCACCAUGGAACUAGAAAAGGCAGAUGCAAAUAGUUCUAUAGAUGAUAUGAUAGCUGUGCUGAAAGAUGGUAAGGAAUUGAUUAACAGAAAAGAUGCUAAGGACGCCGUAAAGAAACUUGAAGAGCUGAAGAAUGACGAUUUCAUCAUAACCACAGAAAAUAUGAAGAAAGUUAUUCAAGAUAUGACAGAAGGUCUAGCGACUAAGGAAGAUUGUGAUGAGCUCAAAAUGAAAAUAUCUGCACUGGAAUCUCUCAUGUCUGAACAAACUGAGGAGAUGAAAAGACUCAAGACAGACGAUUCUGCCCAAAAGGAACAGUCGGAUUACGAAAAGUCCAAAUUAGACUUACAGAGAAGAUUGAUAGAGCAUUACAGAGAAGAUAUACUACGCAUGUCUGCACUUCCACAACAACAAGAGGGUAAUCUGUGUGACUUUAAAGAUGUGUACGUUAGACCAAGAAUGACGAUUAAAUCAAAAGAAGAAAUAAAUAAGAAAGAAGAGAUUGCAGACGUUAAAGCAAUGUCUGAUAUUUUUACUAAAGACGGUAAACGUAUAAGGUCCAUCUAUGUUCUUGGAGAAGCUGGAUCUGGUAAAAGUAGUUUCUGUAAAAGUUUGGUACAUUACUGGUGUUUGGCACAUUCUGAUGAAGGACAAAGUAUUGAAGAUGAAUUCAAUGGGGUCAAGGAAAUGAAGAAAUUCAAGUUUUUAUUUUACCUUCCACUCCGUCAUUAUACAGAUAAAACGAAGAUCAAAGAAAUGUUGGAGGAAAAGUACGAGCACACUGCUCUUAAGAAGCUUCUUGAAUGCGAGUCUCGAAACUGUCUCGUUGUUCUUGAUGGUCUUGAUGAAUGGGCUUCUCCAGCGUCAAAAUGCCCUCCAGAGCGUGGCUCAUUGAAGGAAUAUACCGUCCUAACUACGUCACGACCAUGGAAAAUUGCAACUUUAGGAAUUAGCGAUAAUGAGAUACGACAAAAAAUUGUCCUUAAAGGGUUUGAUGAUGAAACAUCUUUAAAGGGCUUGAUUGAAAAGACGGUUCCAAUAUUAAACAAAACGUUUGAAAAAGACAGAGUUUCAAGCGAUUGUGAAAAGGCGCUUGAAAACAAAUCAGUGGCAAGUCUAACCUAUACAGCGAUUAUGCUGCAACAGUUGAUUUGCCUGUGGUUUGACGACAAACUUCGAAGUGAUACCUCCAGAUGUGCCCUGUACACUGAAAUGCUGGAGCUGUUCUUUGAUUGGCACAAGAAGAAUCACCCCGAUGACCCCCUAUUCACAGACCUGAUGAAGAAAUCAGAAGACCUAAAAAAUGUAGAAUUUCCUCGAUAUUUGGUAGAUUCUGAAGUAUGUAAAUCAUAUAGUUAUAUCAUUCAGGAAGCAUCACGGCUGGCUUAUGAAACAGUCUUCAAUGACACGAAAGAAACAUCUUUGUCAUUUGACAGUUCUACUUUCGAACGACUGAAAAUAUCAAAAGAAGUAAAAUCAUGUUGUUUGAAACUGGGAAUCUUGUCUGAAGAUAAAUGUCUGAGUUUUUCUGCAAGUAGAAGUAGAAGGUCGAUCAUUGCAUUUGUUCACAAGUCACUUCAAGAAUAUUUGGCUGCUGUAUAUAUUGCUAUCCGUUUCAAAGAACAUAUCGCGUCGUCCGCAGAUUCAGUAAACACAGAUUUAUCUGGUCAUUGUGGACAACUUAUUAAAGACGUUUUCAGUAAGUGCACAACAUUGGAUGAAAUCUUAGAACAAGAAAAUGUAUUAGUUAUGUUAUGUGGUCUAGAGCCUCAGAUCGCUUUGUCAGUUUCAAAGUAUAUAUACGGUAUUGUUACAACGGACAAACGUAUUCUGCAGCAGAGACGAACAAUAGAUAAUAACUAUAGACAUAUAUAUCUUAUGUCAACUGUCCAGAAAUGUAUUUUUAACUGUAUAGAAGAAAUGCAAGCAUGUAUACAGUCCAACCUUAAUCUAGGUGACAUAAUCGUUCAAAGUACGUCCGAUUACGAGCGUUUAUGUAAAAGUUUUGAAAGGCAAUUUAUUUCUCCUGACAGUGUCGUUGAGUUCAUUAUUCAUUCCUUUGAAACGAACGAGUAUCAAAACAGAGUAUUUAAUUAUUUGUCCAAAUUUCAGCGGCUUGAAGCAAUUCAUAUUCUGACAAUCGAUGAGAUUAAUAAUGAAGAAAAUAUCAAGUCUAUCUGUGAUGCAAUUGAAGGUAAUACUUCAUCAUUGAAAGCACUGUCUGUUGUAUAUUAUUGUUUUCAUAGUAAUAUGAAACAUAUUAAUAGAACAAUCGUCCGUCGUCUGCCUGAUAUGAGUCAUCUUGUCGCAUUAAAAAUGGAAGGUACCAGAAUGCCACAUAAAGACGUUAUCUCUCUAUGCACUUUCUUAUCAGGCAGCAGUCAUCUUGAACAGAUAUCGAUCGGAAUAGACUGUGAGUCCGAUACAGACAUGUUCCAUGAGCACCCGCAUGAAGUAGAUUUGUUCAAGCAUCAACAAUUACAGUACCUGGAAUUGAUUAAAUAUGUCACUGUGACUCGCGUGAACACUUCAAACCUAGAAAUAUUUAAAGGCUUAUCAUUGAAGAGCACAAACUGUAUGAAAGUAUUUGAUAAUCUUAGUACAGCUAACAAAUUAACAAAACUUCACUUGCACUAUAUAGUAUUGUACAGAUAGAGAUCCUCCAUAUCAUACUGUAACAGACAAAUUGAUCACAUUGUUACCAUUAUUGCACCAGCUCCGUGAACUUACUUUAGAAGGUUUUAUAUUUACUGACAAUAUAAUGAAAUUUCCCUCUGAGAUGAAGAGUAUGAAGUUAAUUAAACUUCAGUUUUUCACAAUGAGCUUGACAACAUGGCGGCAGUUUGUUGAUAGCCUUCCUCUCAUACCGCUACCUGUAAAGGUGAAAACAGGGCUCAUGUAUAUACCAAGAGAUGGAGAAGAAUGUAACCCUUAUAUAACGUUAUGCAUAAGAGGAGGAGGAGGAGGAGGAGGAGAGGAAGCAUCUGCAAGGCAGUAUGUUAGUGAACAGGAUGAGUUGUUCAAUGUGGAAAAUGAAAGUAACAAUUCAUUUGAAUUUUCAACAAGAAAGUAAUAUUCAUCGGUAUGAAUCAUUGCAGUAAUACUACUGAUGACUUUCUUAUGUUGUACUGAUUGUUGACAUAUGGCAAGUGUACCAAAGUUGUAUAUCUACAUGUACCAGUUUCUAAUGAAUUUUUUUUUCUAAAAGAGUAUAUAGUCACCAUGAGGUAGUGAAGAUUCAUUUUUGUUCUGAUAGUGAUGAAAAUUGAUAUUUAUUCACAUGUGAACUUUUUUCACAGGUGAUCUCUCUCAAUUCACAUGUUUUAUUCAUAGGCGGUCUUUGCUCACAGGUGAAAAUAUACUGUAAAUGUUGAAUUCGCAAAUUAAAUAAGAGAUAUGAUUAGUUCGCAGAUGGUCUUUUAAACACGUUUUUCAUCAAAGUUUUCUUGAAAUCCUGAUUGCAAUUCUAUGUUCCUCCUAUUGAACUAAACUGGAUGGACACAUAUUAUGUUUUAAAGGAACUUGCCGCCAGGUUUACGUCAGAAUAUAUAAUUUUCAAGAGACACAGAAAUUGGAGUGAAACAUGUUGAUGUUUUAUGAUCAUGAUGCACGAGUCAGUCUUCUGUGAGCUUCCUACACGUGUGUUUUGUCAAGAAAUAACUUAAGUCAACGUAUAUCUUACCAGCAAAUACAGGUACAAGGACAUUUAACAUAAAUCGUAAGGUGUGUCCCUUUAAAGCAUUACUUUUUGUGACGGAAACGUCAAGGUGUUCACCAGUAAUGCACACAAAGACGAACAAACUUUAGCUUGAUCAAAAUUCAAAUUGAAAUGUAUUACAAUUAUAUACGUAUUACAGUAACAUAUAUUUGAAAUAUUUUGUAAUUUCCUAAUGUAUUAGGUACCAUUACAUCCAAUUCUUAGGUUCUCCAGACAUAUCUACUCUAGUAUAUGUUUUAUCUAUCAGAGUUCAUGUUUUAUGUCACAGUAUUGACCAGAACAUGAUACAGGUGGUAUUAUUUUGUACAGUACAGAAAAAUUUUGUACACUUGUAUGUGUAGAAUUAUUGUAUAUGAUAAAUCUGGACGUCAUACGCGAGUUCAUCUAGUAUAUGUAUGUACAUCAAUCAAUAUAUACGUGUAUAUCAAUCAAUAUAUACAUGUAUACAAUUUUUCUUUAGCUUUAUAUGAACGUAGUUUACGGCACUGUAUACUCUGUUUAAAAUGCUUUUGAAAUACUUAUUAAUAUCAAAGUAUUGUUAAACUAAAUGCACAUUUGAUCUAAAAAUAUGCACGCAAAUGAAAUCAAUCAAAAUAUAUUUUCUGUUCAGAAUUGAAACCUGACUUCUGUUUUGAAAUAAGAAACCAAUAUUCAUCCACCUACUGAAUAUCUUUCAGUAAAUUUUCGAGAUAUUAGAGUGAAAAGUAUAAAGUAUUUUCUACAAUGAAAAACAUUAAAUGUCUUUUUCAUUAAUAAGAAACUAUAAAAUGGUUAAAUUUAGUCAAAACAUGAAAUAAAAAAAAAUCUUACAUUCCCACUCACGGCCAUGACACUUGUGAAAAUAUUGCAUCUGGUAUUCACUUGUGAAAGGUAUUCAGUCAUCAGUGGUCAAUAAAAAUGAUAAAAUAACAAUGACGUACUUUCUUGCGAUCCUCUUGUUUAUAGGAUACUUACAUGUAUUUAAUUAAAUUAUGAAUUAUUUCACUAUUCCUGUUUAUAGUUAUUAUAAUUCAGAAAAUCAUGUGAAUAUUAAUUGAAAAUUUUGAAUAAAAGUUACAGAGAACAGGAAAUAAUUCUA